GCGGCCAGCUUCCUCAAAUUCCCUCUGGCUCCCGCCUUCACCCGCUUCCGGUCUUCGUUGUCGCCGCUGCUGCCGCUGCUCCUGCUGCUGCUGCUGAGGCUGCUGGCGGAGGCCGGAGGAUCGGGCGGCGGCGGCGGCGGCGGCUGAGAGGGCGGCGGCGGGAGCGGAGCAGGAUAAGGGAGCGAGAGGAAGCGAGCGAGGAGCGAGCGGAGCGCUCCCUUCCGCCCGCCUGAGGAGCCGGAGCAGCCCGGGCCCCGCCGCCGCCGCCACCGCCGCCGCCGCCUGCCUGCCGGACAAAGCCGAGAGCCCGCGCCCAGAGCCAUGUCCUCGUCCGCCGGCAGCGGCCACCAGCCCAGCCAGAGCCGCGCCAUCCCCACCCGCACCGUGCCCAUCAGCGACGCCGCGCAGCUACCUCAUGACUAUUGCACCACGCCCGGGGGGACGCUCUUCUCCACCACACCGGGAGGAACUCGAAUCAUUUAUGAUCGAAAGUUUCUAUUGGAUCGUCGCAAUUCUCCCAUGGCUCAGACCCCGCCCUGCCAUCUGCCCAAUAUCCCAGGAGUCACUAGUCCUGGCACCUUAAUUGAAGACUCCAAAGUAGAAGUAAACAAUUUGAACAACUUGAACAAUCAUGACAGGAAGCACGCAGUUGGGGAUGAUGCUCAGUUUGAGAUGGACAUCUGACUCCUGCAAAGAUUAGAAGAAAAGCAGCAACCCUGAUACUUGCGUGUACCUGAUCUGGCCAAUAGGAUCAACAAAGAAAAGAAGCAGCAGCACCAGCAGUCCCUAUUGCAGUCUUCACCUCCCCCUCCCUCGGGUGCCAAAUGAUGGGAAGAUGGGUGUCAUCUGACCAUUCUUCUCCCUGUUUCCUGUUCCCAUUCCCAAUUAGACAGAUUAGAUUGAAGGCCUUUGGUGUAUUUCUGUAGAGCUAAGCAGCCCAUAGAGGAAAAUGUUCCACUCUGGCUUCCUUGGUCAUUUUUUAUUGAGAACCAACCCCCUCAAAUUUAUCCCCUAUUAAGUAUCAACCUACUAACCACUGCCUGGCUGGUAGGGAUACAGAGGUUUGAUAGGUUCAUCAUUGUUCAUGUUCUUUACCCUCUGUCUCUUUUCCUUGUAUCCUACCUGUGGUUCAAUGCUGCAAGAGCCUGGGUUUGGGGUCUUUAAAAUCAUCAGGGAGAAUGAUAAAAAGAGAACUUUCCCUUUCACCUUGAGGUGUUUGUCCUUAGGGACAGCAAUUUGUGCACCUCUCAAAACUUAGCUUGUGACACUGUUUUAAGGUUCAUUUCCCUUUGCUUGAUCUGAGAGCUCCUGAUGUAGAGGGUUUAAAAGUAAAGGAGUAGAAGACAUUUCUCAUCUUCUUAUUUCUUUACUUUAAACCCUCUGCAUCAGAAGGGAGCCCUUGGUAAAACUUUGCUCAAAUGUUGUUCCUCCCUGCUUACAUCUUGUUGCUGGCAGAGUCUAUUGUACCUUGAGAUAAUAAAUAAUCAGGUGAUUUUGUCUGCUCCCAAAGCAGGUGCAUACCACAUAAUAGAGGCACUUUGGCCUCCACUUGGUGCAUUAGGCCUGAUCGUAGUAUUCUGCCAGACAAUCCUAAGAAUGACCCCUGAAUAGUGUUGACCCAUUUGAGUACCCAGUCUCAGUAGUCAUUGUUUUUUAAGUCCAAUACACAUUGUGAUGUUUGUUCUUGGUUUGCAGUUUCUUAUGUUUUAAACUUAAAGUUGAUUUUCAGAAUGUUCCUAAAAGUAACACCAUUUUUUUCCUUUGUGGAUCUGCUUUGUUUGGCUGCUGGGUUAGAUAAGCAUGGGCUUUAAAAUGUGUUCCUCCCAGUUCUCUUGCCUUUCCCGUUCUUCCUCCCUUCCUCUCUUCCUCUCUCUCCUUCCUUUACUUUCUUUUUCUCUGCCAGGCCAUUUUUCAAAUUUACUCAAAGAUACCUCAAGUAUUGGUAUCUGAUAAUAUCUAUCACUCCUCUUAUCUGAGGAGUGAUCUUUUAUUUUUAAGAUGACUACAGACCUAUUUUUAGAUAUGUUUUCAGUACAAUUUUGAACAGCAACUUUUUAAUUAAACAUCUUCCAGUGUUAGGAAGGUGAGAAAUGUCCACAGGCAAGUCUGCUGUUCUGUGUCACCAUCCUUUGUCUCCCUGAAUCCCUUAGGAGCGCUCUCCUUCCUCUCUAGUUUUGGGUGUGCAUGUUGGAGUUUUUAGUGGGUGGUUUGUAAAGCUGGACCAUUCUGCCUUGCUGUGGGUGUUCACGAAAGCCUCAUUCUUUUCCCUUACCCCUUUGCUUUUGCAUUCCUUCUCUUCCCCACUUCUCCUAGGACUAUUGACUGGCACAAUAAUCUCAGGAGAGUAACCCCCCCCCCAUAGAAAGACUAGAGCAUCCAUUCCCUCAUGGAAAGAUAAAGUAGCUCCUAGUGUCUUGGGAAUUUCUGGUUGGGUUUGGUGCCCUGAACCCUCUUCUUAAGAAAUAAGAUCCCAGAGUGAGAGUAACAGGCCAACUGGCUAAGAAAGAAAGCUAUUUGUUUUUCUUUUGAACUAUGGAAAGACCCUGUUUGUGAAUACAUUUAGAAAGGAGAGGGAGGAUGUCUGCAGAACUUUGUUCUGGUUUUUUUGCUACAAAAUGUGAAUAAUUCAAAGAGUAAAAACCUUUUGUGAUGGUUGAUGUCUCAGGAAUAAGCUGGAUCUCCAGUGUUUUGGGGAUACCCUUGAGUCUGAAAAAUUGAUAAUCAGAAAAGUAUUUUUUUGUUUGUUGGUUUACUGUAACCCUAUUCUGAUAUUAAACUCCAAAUUUC